AUGGCUACAUUUUCUGUAGCAAUAGUGUAUUUUGUUGUGCUUUUCACUACUGAAGUUUUCACAACCUAUGUACAACGACCGGGACCCGAUGACUGCGAACCAGUCGUGGUGGCUCACCGUGGUUCAAGCGGCUACAUAACCGAACACACCCUAGGCUCAUAUGCGCUCGCUGUUACACAAGGCGCGGAUUAUGUGGAACCGGAUCUCGUUAUGACCAAAGACGGCCAUUUGAUUGCAAGACACGAAAACCAGUUAGAAAAAACUACAGACAUUGCUCAUCGACCAGAGUUUGCUGAUCGAUACCGCUCAAUGUCUGUUUUAGGAGUUAACAUUUCAUUAGGAUGGUUUACUGAAGAUUUUACGCUUGCAGAAAUCAAAACACUUAGGACCAUUGAACCAAUACCUCUAAUUCGACCGGGAAAUACUCGAAUGGAUGGUUCAAUGGAAGUUCCUACAUUUCAGGAAAUCAUAGAUCUAGUAAAAGGAUUAGAGAUCAGUCAGAAUCGCACUAUUGGUAUAUAUCCAGAACUGAAGAACGGUGCCUAUUUUCGAUCUAUAGGAUUGCCAAUGGAACAGGCAGUGGUCGAAAUUUUUCUCAGAAACGGCUACAUCGGACCUCUUGUGCCGGUAUACAUACAAUCGUUUGAAGCCAACAGCUUGAGAAUAUUAAAGAACAUAACAGAUCUGCGAUUGCUGCAAUUAAUUGGACGAGUUUCAGUACAGGAUAAAGCUAGCAUGAUAUCACCAGAAGGGCUCAAAGAUAUUGCAACAUACGCACAUGCAAUUGGACCUCAUAAAAACCACAUAAUUCCUCGCGAUUUCAGAAAUAGGCUUGGCACUCCCACAUCUCUUGUUAUUCAUGCACAUGACGUGGGUCUGAAAGUUCAUCCCUACACUUUUCGAGCUGAAAACGCUUAUCUACCAGUGGAGUUUAGAAGCGACGAUCCUGCUGACAGUGCUCUGGGUAAUUUGGAUGGAGAAUUGGAAGCAUAUCUAGCGACUGGAAUCGAUGGUUUAUUCAUUGAUCAACCAGACUAUCUUGUUAGAUUAAAGAGUCGUUUUUGUAACCGACAUCUAUAA